AUGCUUGAUAAAAAUGAUUGGUUGGAUUUUUUUGAAAAAAAAAAUAUUCCUGAAGAAAAUCAAGACAAUUGGCAAUUUUCUGGUUUAACUAUUGAAGAAUGUAAAAUAGCAUUAAACAAUGGAUGGAAUAAUGAAAAUAACAAUUUAAUAUUAAAUAACUAUAUAAAACAUCGAAAUUUUAAAAAAAUAAAUGUUUUAAAAAUAAAAAAAUCUGAAUUGGAUAAAUCAUUAGAUAUUCUUGAAAAAAUUCAAGAUAAAAAUAGAAACACAUUUAAAUCAUUAUCUGAAGAUUUUGAAAUAGACAAUAUAGAUAAUUUAAAUGAUGAAUUUUUACCACAAGGUGCAAAAAAAGAUGACUUAUUAAAAGCUAUUUCAAAUAAAAGAAAUACAUUUAGAUAUAAAAUAAAUAAACCUACUAAUGAAUAUAAUAACAAUAGAUUAGAUCCAAAUCAAUAUAAAAAAAUAAUAAAAUCACUUGAUGAAACACCAGAAUGGAAAUUCGAAAAAUGGAAAAAGAAAGUAACACCAGAAUUCUUGAAUAAAUUUUUAGAUAAUUUUUUACAAAGAAAAGGUGAUGAAAAUUUAUUAAAGAGAAAAGAUCCUUUACCUAACCAAGAUAAAUUAAGAGGAUAUAGUUUAAUUGAAAAACCUGAACAAAAAAUAAAAGUAGCUGAAAUAAAAAAUUCUAAAUUCACUGGAAAUAUUAAUAAAAUUACAAUAUCUGGUGCUGAAGUUAUAGAGAAAAAAGCAGAACUUGAUAAAUCAUUAGCUGGUACAUAUUUAUUACCAUAUGUUUUUAAUCUAAUAGAAUUUGAUAUAGAAGCAUUAAAAAAUGAUGAUGAUAGUUAUAAUUCAGAUAAUUUUGCUAAAAUAAAAGAUACUACUGUAAAACUCAAAAAAGGUAGAGAAUUAAAACUUAAAAUAGUUGAUGUUGAUGGACCAGGAAUUCUUCCUAUUUUAACUGGUGGUGGUAAAACAACUAAAUUAGUAAGAUGUUUACUUACAUGUAUUUUUCCUAGAAAACAUAUUAUAUUAAUUAUACCAAAUGAAGAAUUAGCAGCUAAUGCUGAAAAUCAUCAUAAUACAUGGUUACAAUAUAGUAAUGGUAUUCCUUACAAAUAUGUUAUACAUGAAAAUCAAGAAGAAUUACCAUAUACAGUGAAAAAUGGAGAAUUAGCAUCAUGGAAUAAAUUAACUGGAUAUGAAAAAGAUGAUAAGAAUAAACCUAAUAAAAAAAAACCAAUAUAUGAAAAAAAAUCUAGUACUGAACUAGGAAAAUCAACAUUAUCAAUAUUACAAUUACAUCAUUUAGUUAGAUUUAUUGCAUGUGAAAAAGAAAUAAAAGAAAAAUUAAUAGAUAAAGAAAAUACUAUUAUUAUAUUUGAUGAAGCACAUUUUCCUAAUACAAGUUAUCAAGUAGUACAACUACUAAUAAUUAGAAUGGGAUAUUAUACUUUAUUAAUGAGUACUACAUUUCCUAAAAAAAACUUUUUCAUAUCAAUAUCAAAACCAAGAGAAGUAUAUUCUAUAACUAAAUUUUCUGAUCAAACAAAUUGGGAAAAUGAAAAAACACAAAUAUUUUUUAGAACAACUUCAAAUAAAUAUCCUAGAAAAAUAAAUGGUGAAGAAGAUACAAAUGCUGAACCAAUAUUAAAAUCUGGAUUAGAUCCAAAAAAAUUUAAAUUAUUAGAAGAAAGUGAUAUACCCUUUGUAAUAUUUGAUAAUACAAAUUCAUUUGCUGUAUCUGGUAUAACAGAAGAAAUGCCACCUGGUUCUUUGUUUAUAGCAAAUAUUAAUCAUGAAAUGGGAUUUAGUCCUGAUGUUGAUAAUGUGAUAUUAACUGGUGAAACACAAUUAGAAAAAUUAGGAAAAGGAUCAGGUGCAGAAAGAUGGAUUUAUGAUGAAAAAGAUGUUCAAUACUUAUCAGUUGCGAGUAUGGUCCAGCAAAUAGGUCAUGUUGGACAUUUAAAAAAAGGAAAAGCUUUUUUAACUACACAACAAUUGAAAGAAUUAAUACCAAGUAAUGAUAUUGUGUUUCAUCUAAUAAAUGGAAUUAUGCUCCCUGCAAGUGAAGAACCAAUGAAAAAAUUAAAUACAUUGGGUUAUCCAUUUACUAAAAGUAUUUCAGAUUAUAAAUAUCAAAAUUUUCUUUUAUCAGCAGUUUCUUUUAGAUAUAAAAAAAAUCAUUCUGUAGAAGCUGUUAUGAUUGGUGUUAAAGGAAAUCCUAAACCAAGUUCUGCUAAUCAAAUAUGUUUAACAUAUGAUAAUUUACCAGAUCCAGAUGUAAAAGAUUCAAAUUUAUGGGCUUUACAUACUGAAGGUAAAUUACCACUACCAGAACUUGAUAUAGAUAAUAUAAAAAAUAUACAAUUAUUAAUUAUUAAAACAAAAUUAAGAGCUAUUGAUAUGAAUCUCAAAUCAAAAAUUUAUAUUGAAUCAAAAAAUUCAUUAAUAGAAAAAGUAUGGGAUCUUCUAUCAAAAAAAUCUGAUACAAUUCCUAUCGAUGAGAAAAACAAAAUUAUUAAAGAAAUAAAAGGAAUUGUAAAAACU